AAGUGAAAUUUAACUCGGGUCUUCUGCGGGAAGGAGCCAUGGCUGCUGCUGGGGGUCACUUGCAGCGUCUCCGUGAUGAAGCCACAUGCUCCAUCUGCCUGGAUUAUUUCAAGGAUCCAGUGACCAUCGCAGAAUGUGGGCACAACUUCUGCAGAUCCUGCCUGAUCCAGUACUGGGGGGAAUCGGAGGCAGAGGCUUCCUGCCCUCAAUGCAGACAAAGAGUCCAGAGAAGGGGUCUCAUCCCCAACCGGCAAUUGGCUAAUAUGGUAGAAAUAGCCCAGAAUCUCAGCCUUCAAGAGGGGAGAGAAGAAGGAGAAGGCAAAGGGAGAAUGUGCGAAGAGGGAAAGGGAGAAGGAGGGGAAGGGAGAGUCUGCGAGAAACACCGGGAGCCCCUGAAACUCUUUUGCAAGGAGGACAAAGCCCCCAUCUGUGUGGUUUGUGACAGAUCAAAGGAGCACAAACCCCACGAGGUGAUUCCUCUGGAGGAGGCUUUCGAGGAAUACAAGGUGAUGAAACCCUGCUGAUGAUUCGUACUCAGCCAUCUCUCCUUGGCGAUGGAGGACAAGCUCUUUCUGGGUCACCAGAUCAGGUAGAGGAAAUCAGCAACAGGGACCCUGCCAGGCGGCUAUCAAUCAGGA